AUGCCAUAUUAUGCAGUAGCCAAAGGAAGAAAUUCUGGCGUUUAUAACAAUUGGAGUGAUUGUAAAGAUCAAGUGAAUGGAUACAGUGGUGCCUCGUAUAAAAAGUUUAGUACUGCUGCUGAAGCUAGGUCAUUUGUGUCAGGUGGUGGAAGUGGUGGCUCUGGAGGAGGAACUUCCAGAUCAGGUGGUAGUGGUGGUGGCUACAGUGGUGGCUACAGUGGUGGCUACUGCGGCUCCUCAAGCUCAACUUCAAAAGUCUCAAAGCCAUCUACCACGUCAUCAACCCCAACGAGUACAAAAACAUUGAAAGUCUAUGUUGACGGAGCAUCGAGAGGCAAUGGCCAAUCCAAAUCAGCUGCUUCUGGAUACGGUGUCUACUACGGCCCCAAUGACUCACGUAAUGCUGCAGUUGGGUUACAUGAAGUUGACAACAUCAACAAAUACACUCCCACCAACCAACGUGCUGAAUUGCACGGGAUGAAACAUGCAUUAACCAACAUCAAGAAUGAUUUAUCUAGUGGAAAACCAAGCUCGGGAUCAUCGAAGUAUGAUAUCUAUAGUGAUUCCAAAUAUGCUAUUCAAUCAAUUAAUGAAUGGUCAGAUAGAUGGCAAGCAAAUGGAUGGAAAACGUCAACGGGUCAACCAGUGGCUAAUGUUGAUUUGAUUAAAGAUGCAGUAAAGCUAAAGAAUGAUAUUAAUCAGUUACAUCGUGAGCGUGAUUGGCAACCAUUACAAUUUUAUCAUGUCAAGGGUCAUUCUGGUGAUGUUGGGAAUGAAGCUGCUGAUCGAUUGGCUAAUCAAGGUGCUGAUAAGAUGGGAAAGUAG